AUGACGCAUUUUCAAAUUCUAAUCAUCCUCCUCCUCGCUGUGCCAUUUGCUUCCUGUAACCCACAUUUGGAAGAACCAGUUUACAAAGCAGUAAAUACAACAGAAAUCAAGUAUUUGGUUCACAAAUACCAACCAACAUUCGCUCCGUGUAAAUACGGCGCUCAAUUUGGUUUCGACCAGCCAUUUGCUGUUUCUGAUCCGCAUGGUAGUUUCAAUGUACCCAGAAAGUGUUGUGAGAAGUGUGAAAUACUGCAUACAACGCUUACAAAUGGUGUUGAAGCUACGUUUUGUUGUCUGCCAAGUACUCCAGUAAGACAUGGAAAAGGAGCAUAUACAUUUGGUGGCUCAAAUGGGAAUGAUCCACUUGUCAUUUUGACGAAUCCACUGAGCAUUGUAUUUGACCGAAUCGUUCCACCCGACUUGAAAGAGAAAGAUUACCGAACGUGGCACAACGAAGGAAAGCCGACCCGACUUGGAGCUGGAGCGUACGCUUAUGCAUUUCUUGGAAUAGCCACGUGUCAGACUGUCGUCCUGAUCCUUGUCGUCGUCUUCUACUACGUGUCACACCAACGAAUCACUCUGGAGACCAUCGCCGACUGCGACUACGAAAUUGAGCAGGAGGUGAAGGUUUUCAAUCCGUCGAAGAGUGCAAUGAUGUCGGAAAAUAUGAAUUCCGAUUUGAUGUCAAUGUCUCAAGCAGCAGUUUAG